UAGCCCAGGCCCGAGGCAGCCAGGCCUCAGCUGUGGACUCCUCCGCCUCUCGGGUGGCUCUAUUGGCUCUGGCCCCGCAAGGGUGGGCUCCAUUGGCUGCCCAGCUGGCACCGACGUCCCCUCGGAGCCGGGUGGCAGCCGGAGGUAAAUAGCCAUGUGCAAUCCUCCUCUCUAUAUUUAACAGCUGCUACAGAGAAGGUGGCGGCUUUUGUCUUCUGGAAGAAGGGCCUUGGAACUGGGCUGGGACUGGCCUUCUCAGAGUGAGUGAGGUCACCAUGCCGGCUUCCCAGAGCCGGGCCCGUGCCAGGGACCGCAACAAUGUCCUCAACAGGGCCGAGUUCCUGUCCCUGAACCAGCCCCCCAAGGGGACCCAAGAGCCCAGAAGCUCAGGUAGGAAGGCCUCGGGGCCCUCGACACAACCCCCACCCUCCGCCGGCGACGGGGCCCGGGAGCGUCGCCAGUCGCAGCAGCUGCCCGAGGAGGACUGCAUGCAGCUGAACCCCUCAUUCAAGGGCAUCGCCUUCAACUCCCUCCUGGCCAUUGACAUCUGCAUGUCCAAACGACUGGGGGUGUGUGCCGGCCGGGCUGCAUCCUGGGCCAGUGCCCGUUCCAUGGUCAAGCUCAUUGGCAUCACAGGCCACGGCAUCCCUUGGAUCGGGGGCACCAUCCUCUGCCUGGUGAGAAGCAGUACCCUGGCUGGCCAGGAGGUGCUCAUGAACCUGCUGCUAGCCCUGCUCCUGGACAUCAUGACGGUGGCCGGAGUACAGAAGCUCAUCAAGCGCCGCGGCCCCUACGAGAUGAGCCCUGGACUCUUGGACUACCUCACCAUGGACAUCUACGCCUUCCCUGCUGGCCACGCCAGCCGUGCCGCCAUGGUGUCCAAGUUCUUCCUGAGCCACCUGGUGCUGGCGGUGCCCUUGCGCGUGCUGCUGGUGCUCUGGGCCUUCUGCGUGGGCCUGUCACGGGUGAUGAUCGGACGCCACCACAUCACAGACGUCAUCUCAGGCUUCAUCAUUGGCUACUUCCAGUUCCGCCUGGUGGAGCUCGUGUGGAUGUCCUCCAACACCUGCCAGAUGCUCAUCUCUGCCUGGAGUCAUUUCUCCAGGAAUAGCUCUUAACCCACCAAGAACCCAGUGAGUUUGGGACGCUACUGUCCAGGAGCCAAAGGGCCUGGGCCAUGAGCUGGCCUCUCGCACAGCACCCAGCCCUGAAGCCUGGGGAGAGCAGGUGUCCGUGCCAAGACCUAUAGAAGACUCCUGCCAUGGUCUCUGGGCAAUGGCGCAGCUUUGGCCCCCAGGGGCCGGACUCUGUGUGACCUAAUAGGUCGUUUCCAAGUCAGCCACUUAUGGAUGCGCAUUUCAUGUGACAAUACAGUGAUGUGCAAAGGA